AUGGCCCCUUCCUAUCGUUCCCCUGCUUCUGCUCCCCCAUUCGAUUGCAAUGACUUUCCGAUGUACGCCGGCCUUGAAGGGGAGCCGCUUACUCCACCGCCACCAUACGCGGCCCAGGACUUGCCGCUCACGGCUCCAUAUCUGAACCACAACCAUCAAGAGUGUGUCCACACCACGCGUUUGUGUGAGGAGCGCUAUGCCCACCUCGAGGCUUUGGUGGCCAACCUAGAGCGCUGCCAAUGCCGAUGUGGACAAAGCACCUGGAGCAGGCUGACAAAGUCCUUCUUUGGCAGUCUCAGGACACAAGCGGCAUCCCUCAAGUCACGAACCAGGUCUCAGAAGUCGACCCGGUCAGAGCCCAAGGCAUCACGCAUAUCGCCUUACAAACGUCAUUCUUCCGGACGCACAAGACAUCCGACAACGCCCCCCAACGACGAGCCCACUGAACUCGACAGUUCUGCCUUCACCCCUGAGCUGAGCGGGACGUCGUUUCUGAGCCAAGAGACACAAGUUGGUGUUCGCUCGACUUCUUUUUCGGAUCCCCAAGGGCUCGGGUAUGCCCACGCUCGGCACGAGCUCGCCGAUUCUAGCCCCCCAAGCGAGCCGCAUCUGGCAUUCGGUCGAAGUCAAACUCAACCUCCCAGCUUUGGUCGGCCUGUUGCUCUGGCCAGUGCACCGAAUUUCCACAUGAUGGCGCAAUAUUCGGGUCAAGCCCCGACACCCCCCCGGACCAACCCAAGCCUGGCCACAUCUACGGUGUCUCAUCAGGGCAGCGGCUCCUUCGCCACGCCUCAAACCUCCAUGUCGAGCGCCGCCUCUGCUUUGGGCCCAGACGGAAUGAGUGCUAUUAACACUGGCUUUCCGUCAUUUUCAACAGAAACCACAUCUUCGCCCCAGGAGUACGAGCCAGGCAAUAUGUCGUGGAACGCCUCCCAACCCACACCGCAGCACCCAGGUAACUACACAGCGGAACUCCCGGCAGAGAUUCCUGAUUCUGGGUUGGGAACGCCAGAGCGGGGCCAGCCACGAGCGUACGAUCCGGUCGCGGAAAUGGAGGACCUUGUGCCCGGGUCAUUCAUGAGCCCUGUGAUAUCCCUCCCACCCUCACAGCCCAUGCCACCACGAGAGAUGCCCGGGGACCCCCGCAUGGAGCCGGCUGUCAGCGGUUGGGAAUAUUCGCCAACGAUGACUACGGCAAGCCAUCUUCCCAUGAUUCCGAACCCUUCAUACGACCAAUGCUACCGCCCUCGGGCUCCCGCCUCCCACUUUGGGCCACAACCGUUCAUGCCCCAGGGCCGGGGAAUUUUCGACUUGUACAGCGCCGACACAGGGAACAUCCACAACUUUCUUACGCCUAAUCGUUAUUCGUACGGUCAAGUGGCACCAACCCCCGAGCAAUUUGACACCCACCCAACACGCUCCCCCCAAACCCACAACGCCCCAGUACCACAACCGCCGUCGACCCCCAUACGCCCUCACACCUACCCCCUCUAUCAGCACCAGGUUCAACACUCUCAACACUCUCAACACCCCCAACACCCUCAGGACCACCCCCAAAACCACCCCCAGGACCACCCCCAAACCCAACAACAACACCCCCUCGAUUCCGAACCCCCUCUCCACUGCCCCCACUGCGACUUCACCACCGUCGGGCCCCACCCAAACUACAAGAUGGCCAAGCACGAGCGCACCAAAAAACACCGCGAGAACACGGGCCAGGCGCCGGGGCCCCAGUUCCCGUGUGCGUGGUGUACCACGUCGUUUACCGGGGGGGAUAACCUGCGGGAGCAUGUCAAGAAGAAGCAUGCGGGGGUGGCGGACGGCGGGGGUGGUGGUGGUGGUGGUGGUGAGGGUGGGAUGGGGGGUGGAGAAAGUGGUGAGGGUGGAUGGCGGCGGCGGGGUGGUGGUGGUGGUGGUGGUGGUGGUGGGAGGGGGAAGAGGGGCGGCGGGAGGAGGCGGAAGACGCCGGGUGGGGGUGUGGGUGCGGGUGCGGAUGGGGAUGGGGGGCGGGGGGCUGGGCUUUGA